CAUCUCACUGAUGCUCUGACUUUGCGCGCAUCCUCGACGGCGGCACGAGCAGCUCUGCGGGGUGGAACCUCCCGGCAGAGGGGCAGCAAAAGUGGAAAACAAGAGUGGAAAACGAAGUAAACCGGAGCAGGCAGCCCAGCCCGGCUCCUCUCCGCAGCCCCCGGCCCCGCUCCGCCCCGCUCCGCCCGCUCCGCCCCGCGGGGGAGCCGCUCCCGGCCGGCCCGAGCCGCUCCUGCCGCGCUCCGACGAGGAGCAGUGGAGAGCAGGAUGCUGCCGGACGCCGCGGCGCUGGUGCUGGUGGUGGUGCUGGUGGUUGGCCUUCGUUCGGCGGCCGGAGGCGGCGCGGUCGGCUACGCCCAAGUGAAGUACAUGCAACCCAUGGUGAAGGGACCCCUGGGACCCCCCUUCCGCGAAGGCAAAGGGCAAUACCUGGACAUGCCGCCGCUGCUGCCCAUGGACCUCAAAGGGGAGCCAGGACCUCCAGGGAAGCCUGGACCACGCGGACCCCCCGGACCUCCCGGCUACCCAGGAAAGCCGGGCACGGGAAAGCCAGGAAUGCACGGCCAGCCUGGACCCGCUGGCCCCCCCGGCUUCUCGGGCAUUGGGAAACCCGGCAUCCCAGGGCUCCCCGGCAAGGCGGGUAUGAAAGGGAUGCCCGGAGCCAAGGGUGAGCCUGGCAUGCGAGGAGAACAAGGGCCAAGAGGGCUGCCUGGCCCGCCAGGGCUUCCCGGGCCAGCCGGCAUCUCCGUCAAUGGGAAACCGGGACCCCAGGGCGGCCCCGGGUUGCCUGGAUUUCGGGGUGAGCCUGGCCCCAAGGGAGAGCCGGGACCCCGCGGGGAGCGAGGGAUGAAGGGCGAGAAUGGCGUGGGGAAGCCAGGGAUACCGGGACCCCGGGGCAACGGGGGUCCUCCCGGCCCCGCAGGGCCACCAGGACCCGUUGGCGUUGGAAAACCCGGCCUCGAUGGCCAACCCGGCGCACCGGGGGAGAAGGGCGACAUGGGACCCCCAGGCGCGCCUGGCGUUAGCGGGGAGCCCGGCCCCAUGGGGCCACGGGGACCCCCCGGCAUCGAUGGGGUCGGCGUCCCAGGCACCGCCGGGGUGCCGGGGAUACAGGGUCCCAUGGGGCCAAAGGGAGAGCCUGGCAUCCGUGGUCUCCCUGGUUUGCCGGGCCCAACGGGCUACGGGAAGCCGGGCUUGCCAGGCCUAAAAGGAGAUCGCGGGCAACCCGGGGCGCCGGGAGCCAUUGGCGAUAAGGGGGAACCCGGCAUUGAUGGGGAGCCGGGGGAGCCGGGCCCUGCCGGCAUCAUUGGGCCACCGGGACUGCCGGGGUCCAUGGGUCUGCCGGGCAAGCAUGGGCCACCCGGCCCCAAAGGGGAUGUGGGGCCAAGUGGGCCCCCGGGAAUGCCAGGAAUACGUGGCGACCAGGGGCUGAACGGCUUCGCGGGGAAGCCAGGCGUGCCGGGAGAAAGGGGCUUGCCCGGGUCACAAGGACCACCCGGCCCAACGGGUCCCAAAGGAGAACCAGGAUUCAUCGGCCUCCCCGGGGUGCCAGGAUCAACGGGCAACCCUGGGCCAAAAGGGGACGGCGGGAUCCCGGGGCAGCCAGGGCUGAGGGGCCCCUCCGGCAUCCCGGGCUUGCAAGGACCCGCGGGUCCCAUGGGGCCACAGGGGUUACCGGGGCUGAAAGGGGAGCCCGGGCUUCCUGGGGUUCCAGGCGAGGGGAAGACUGGUGAGCCCGGCAUGGCCGGACCAAUUGGCCCCCCAGGAAUGCCAGGAACGCCAGGGCUGAACGGGCCACCAGGGCCACCGGGUCCCCCCGGGCCACCGGGAGCACCUGGGGUGUUCGACGAGACGGGCAUCGCCGGACUGCAUCUGCCGGACGGAGGCGUGGAGGGCGCCGUGCUGGGCAACGGCAAGCCGGGGAAGCCGCAGUACGGCCGAGGAGAACUCUCCGCCCGCAUUGCGCCAGCCUUCACCGCCAUCCUCACCUCCCCCUUCCCGGCAUCAGGCAUGCCGGUCAAAUUUGACCGGACUUUGUAUAACGGACACAAUGGCUACAACCCAGUCACUGGGAUAUUCACCUGCCCCGUAUCCGGUAUCUACUACUUUGCCUACCACGUGCACGUCAAAGGGACUAACGUCUGGGUGGCUCUUUAUAAGAACAACGUGCCAGCCACCUACACCUACGACGAGUACAAAAAGGGCUACCUGGACCAGGCCUCGGGCAGUGCCGUGCUUGAACUCAAGGAGAACGACCAAGUCUGGGUACAAAUGCCCUCGGACCAGGCCAACGGGUUGUACUCCACAGAAUACAUCCACUCCUCCUUCUCCGGGUUCCUGCUUUGCCCCACAUAACAGCUGUUGGGCGCAUUUCCUUUUCACCCACUUUAGCCAUAAACUGUCUAUUUUUUUUUUUUUUUUUGAUAAAAAAAGUUUUUUAAAAUUAAUACAAAAAAGAAAAAUCACUGGGAAGAACGCGCAAGCCAUUGUCGUGGGACCUUGCUUCACGCUGUUUGAUCCAUGAGUCGAGAGCGUAAUCGGAAAGGAGACAUCUAUCUUUCUUUCAUUCUUUUUUGGGGGAGGGAGAAGGGAGGGAGAAGGGAGGGAGGGGAGCAACUUCCUCAGCAAAGAGUGUUUGGAAUAAAUUCGACCCUAGUGAAUACAACCAAACACAGGAGCGCGCUUGGGAUGGCAAGGAUCCGGCUCUGCAGUAAACUGCGCUGCGAUCCAGAGAGGGUCAUGGGAAGAGCAGACCCUUCUGGUCUGUAAUUAAGUGCCCUCAUUUCCCACGUUGAGUACUAGUUAAACAGAGCUGUAGGAAUGGGUGGUGAGUUUGCUAACCACCCAUUUGCUAACCAACCAUUGCUAACCAGCACAGGGGCCUUGGGGAACUUAACACAAACCUGUACAGCAGCAGAGAUCCGUGAUGGAUUGAGAAGUUUCCUUCCCAACCCAUCGCACGCCCAUGUUCCAGCCUCGCUGAUGCCUGCUUGUUCAGCCUGUGCUUUGAGGCAGUCUCUCUGAUUCACUCCGGAUUCAGUGUGGUUGGAUUUAUAACCAGAAAAAGUGGAACACUUUGCAUAAGCACCUUCUUAGAAGAAGUAAAUAAUAGUUUGAACCCUUCCCUCCCCCCCCAGCACCUUUAGGAAUAAAACCAUCCAGGCACUUAACUGGGAGGAUGACAGCUGACUGAUUCCUAAGCCGUUGAGGGCAGCGGGGCCCUGUGAUGAACACCCAUAUUCUCUCUCGGGUCCCAGGGCUCGUUCUGUCCUGUUUCCUUGCAGCCGGCGACCUUGCUCGGCCUCCCAAGCACAUUAUUCCUUGACAACACAAGGACAGCCCUGCAAGCUCAGCUCCCAGUGCCUCCAGAAGGUUUAGUUGUGCUUUCCAAAAGUGCCACUUACGGACAACUCGCUUUUAUUGUCUGAUUAGUUCGGGGGGUGUAAACUUUCGCAUCGGUAUCCUCCUUUCUCUGGGGACCUUUUAAAAAGAAAAACUAGUGUUCAUUCUAACAUUCCAUUCAAUCGUUUUGCAACGGUGCUAUAAUCUACUUAACAAUGGUAUUUACAAGUCUAGUGCAAUAUGUACCUGUAAAAGCGCACUGUUCCGGGUGCCGGGAUGUGACUUAGGUUAAGAAAAUGCCCAUUUGUCUGUUGUUGCCGCUUUAUCUCGCUAAUGCUUGGAGCGUUAUUGACCUGAAUAAGAGCUACAAGGUUCUAGGCAGUGGGUACGGACCACUCGGCUGCUCUGUCCUUUGCCAAAGGGAGCCUUUGAACCCUGUUGCUGCGCAGGUUUUCUCGUGGUAGAAUAGGCAUCGCCACGUGCACUUCAAGUAAAACAAUUCUGCUCCUCCCAGGCAAGCAGGACACUGCUGAAGGAAUCCACGUGUCACACUGCACGUCCCUCUGCAAAGGCACAUCCCUGAGGAAACAGCAACAGUUUGGUCACCAGCUGAGCAACUGGUACCCUUACAUUUUCCUAAAGCCUGUUCUACGGGCAAGGAAAAGAAAAGGAGCAGGAAUGGGACUUGGGAUUGUUCUCCAGAUGGACUGUACAAGAUAUUCUCUUUUUCCAUUUCUGUUUGGUUUUCUCCUUAAGCCUGUCUGUGUUUCUGCCUCUUGCCAUCCAAGGCUUCCUUUGAAAAACAAACCUAUCCCUGAAAUUAGGAAGCACAAAAAAAGAGAAUUUACAGUUGGAAGGCGAGCGCUUCAGCUACUGCCCGGCUGGGGCUGGGCUGUCCCCCUCCCAGGGGUUUUCUCCACAUGGAGCUGCAAGUUUCAUAUAAAGACUAAACUUUCCCAAGCUGAAAAGCUGUCCCUGCGUUUCCAAUCCCACUGGAUGUUUUUAACCAGUGGUGGAGUCCAGUGGUGAGGCCCUGGUCCAGGUUGCCCAGAGGAGUCACUGAUUCUCCAUCCCUGGAAGUGUUCAAGACCACAUUGGAUGGAGCUUUGAGCAACCGGAUCCUGUGGGAGGUGACCCUGCCCACGGCAGGGAGCGGAACUGGAUAGGCUUUGAGGUCCCUUCCAACCCAAACCAUUCCAUGAUUCUAUGAUUCUAUCUCCUAAAAGCAGCGGGGUGCCAGGUCCAUCUGGGUUUAAGGGGACAUUUCCCAGCAGGAUCAGGACCCAUACGAGAGUCUCUGAUAUUAAGAGUGGAAGCUCAGAUGUUUUCAAGCCCCAGCUGGGGAGGAGGGUGCUGGGCUUGAGUCUCCUUUCCCGAGGCGUCUUUCUCGUGGAGAACAGCAGUGAAGGGGAGUUGGUGCCAGGCAGGGCCGGGGCCGGCAGCGGGGUCCGUCCCGCUGCGCGUGCACACUACCUGCAGCAGGGCCAGGAGCUGCUCGCGCCCCAGCCACGUGCUGGGGUGGAAGCUUCAUCCUGUUACUCAGCAAAGCGACUUAUUUAUACUGUCUUUUAACCUACGUUCCGUUUCUUUUUGUCCUGAUUUGUUUUUAGUCGAAACUUCUUGUUCUAGCUGGCAAACGCAAUGACAAAAUUACUCACUAUAACCACACCGAGACACUAACUCGUUCAAAGCUGUAGAUAUCGUUUCGCAAUUUCACUUUCCCUUCAUGUGCAGAGCAUAACCCAUAAUCAACCUUCCGCAGCUAUAUAACCUGUUACAUUUACACAGCAAUUGAAAGGCAGAGGUAUUACACGCACAUAGAUUUAGGCUAGAGAAAAACGAUGCACAGGAUGAGGGAGGCUGUUCACUAAACUGGACGCUGUCGGGAAGGAGUACCGAGUACGUGACAUUCGCCAGCAGAAAGCGUCAUUUUCUGUCAUGUGUGUGAGCGCAUGGGAUUUUGGUUUCAAUCACAAUAAAAAAAGGUUGGGUUGGAUGAAGUAUGUCUAUUUUUAAUUAUGAAAAACUGCAUUACAAUGUGCAUUUUUAUAUACAAAUUCUUACUAUUUUUUUUAAAUUUGCCUCUAGUAUCUCCAUUUCUAACCUAGUAUAUAUAGAGGGGUUUAGUUUUGUAAAUACUUAUUACAUGCACUGUCUGUCAUAGUAACAGUUGGUUUAAA